GCAGCUGUGAACCUACUUUUCUAAUGACUUCAGCCACAAUACAGAUGGUGGAGAUAAAUUGAGAACUAUUGAUCUGUCGCUUAAUUGGACAGAAGGUGCAAUUUCUUGCUGAAAUUCCGCCAGAUGCAGAUGUCCACUCGUCAUAAAUUGCAUAGCUUUCUCUAUGCGCAUUCAUAGAAGUCUGGUUGCUCUGGUAUGCUUUGCCUUGGGUUUUCUGUGCAUACAGCUCUAUAUGGUGAAAUAUGUCUCCUGGAAUGACAACAAGCAUCUAUCAAUCGUGGAAAUCAGUCAUGAUCCUAGUGAAGUGUCAGAAGCGCUUGCUGUGCAAUCCUAUAUCAAUAUCCAGCACUUUGCGAGAAUAUGUGCUUCCAGGAGCAUGGUUGUGACGCUGAUAGAACCUUCCAUACUAACCAGAAUAGUCAACAAAGAAAACAAGGCAGCAAAAUGUCGCUAUCUUUGCAUUAAGGAGACAGUUACAACAUUUUCUAUCAUGGGAAAUAAUUUGCACGAGGCUGCUUUGGUUGAAGAAAUGGAAAAGGAGAAAUUCACUGUUAUUCCAGUAUUACAUAAGGACCCCAGGCAUCUCAGUCUGCUGACUGGUAAAGCUGAGAAAAUCAGUACUCAUUUCAUUUUCCUGCGAAACUUUCAUGUUAUUCACCUAGUUGUGUUUUAUGAGAGGCAAGGCGGCUUCCUUUGGCAUGGACCAGUUCGAUUCAAAAUGCAAAGCCGAAAUGUGAUUGAACGGUUGAAGUUUGAUGCAAAGUUACUACGGUUUGGGCACUAUCCAGGUGCUUAUGACACAUUUGAUACUGCUGAGGUCACCAUUGACAGCGUCACAUUCCGUGCACCACGCUACCCGAAAAAGUUCCUGGACCAAAUCCCCCACGCAAGAUUCAUCGAAUGUAACUACACAAGAGCUCAGGAGUUUUAUCGUUUGCAUUCUAAGGAUAAUGGGGAAGAGGCUGAAGCAUUCAGGGAGGCAGCAGCUGGUGUCGUGCGACGAGGCAAAGCUUACUUAGACAGCAUUGGUGUUAGGUUCUGGAUGAGUAGUGGCACAUGUCUUGGCUGGUUCAGACAGUGUGACAUCAUUCCGUACAGCAAAGAUGUUGACUUUGGCAUUUGGAUAAAAGACUACAAUGAGAAACUCAUGCCAACAUUUGAAGAGAAUUCGAUGCCCAUCAAACAUGUCUUUGGAAAGGUGGCAGAUAGCUUUGAGCUGUCUUUCCAGUCAGAUGAUGUUAAACUUGACAUGUUCUUUUUCUAUGAAGAGGAGGAGUACAUGUGGAAUGGCGGCACACAAGCAAAGACGGGCAAGAAAUUCAAAUAUUUCUUUCCCAAGUUUACACUCUGUUGGACAUCCUUCCUCGACCUCAAGAUACGCAUUCCAUGUGAGACAUUGUCUUAUAUUGAAGCCAACUAUGGAACAAACUGGUUCACGCCGGUCACCGAGUGGGAUUGGAAACAGAGCCCGCCAAACGUAAGGGAGAAUGGAGUCUGGCCGCAGGAUGAGUGGGAUGAGGUUAUUCAACUGUUGUGACGGCUUAAAGGGACUAAUUUCUCCAUGAAAGCCUUGCAAACUUUAUACAUGUACAAACAAUUUACAUUCAUUACGAUUCAAACUGCCGUUGUAAGGGAAUUCAAUGUAAAAUUUUGCACUUGGUACUCUUGUCUGUCUUCGAUGUCGAUCGUGUAUUGCUCGUUUUUAAAAUGUAUGUGUUUGUGAUGUGUGUUGUGCAUCUAUUAGAGUUGUUGGCUAUUUAUGACUGUAGGGAUCACAAACUGCCAUAAUAAGGAUGUUACAGCCUAACUGUUGGGACUGGUACUAUCUGGAAUAGUCACCAACUCUAGUGUGUCCUUUGCAUAGUAUCAGUGUUCACUAGUUGGUGUUUUGAGUACUCUUGUUGCAGUAAUUGCAUUCAGCUUUUCAGCUGACAUUCAGCUAGGGAAACCAAAUUCAUUUGAUUAGGUUGAUGUGUACAAAAAGCACACAAUAUGAAUACAAUUCAGAGGAAUACGUCUCUGUCUCGAAUCUGAUUUUGUAUGUGCAACUUCUGUGCAGGUUGUACAGGUUUAUAAAUGGUGCUAAUUAAGUUAAGAAUGUGUAUAGAGUAGGUCAUAGUCUUCAUAAAGAAACCAGGCCAGAAAAGGCUGUAAGGAUGUCUCGUUAGGAACUAAGACAUAAACUGAGGAUGGCUAGGAUGCCUGCGCAGGUAUCUGCAGAUAGAACAGACCAUUGCCAUGUCGGAAUUGGUAUUUGUAUGUCCUGAUGUCUUGCUGUUGCAUGUAUUAAGUGUGUAAUGUACUUCUUUUGAUCAAAUUUUUCAAAUUCAGAGUAAUAAAUGCUGGACUUUUUGAUGA